UCGCUGUACUUAGGAUGUUUGCAAAUAAAUAUAGGUGCAAAUUCCUAACCAAAUGUGAUUAAGGAGAUCAGCUUUCACAAUGCAAGUAAUUAUUUUAGAUUCUUUAUCAUAUUAACAAUACAAAAUCCAAGAAAUUCUUACAUUUAAAGAGUUUUAGUUUGGUUUUAUGCUUUGCUGCUGGUGAAGUUUUCAUAUAUCUAGCAGAUCCAUGCUUGAUAUUUCUGGCUUUCAUGGUGAAAUAUUGGUGACAAGAAAAAAGUGUUAAAAAAAGAGUGGAGCAUUUGUUAUGGUAGCCAUAAAUUGAACCUGAUGUCUAACGAUUUGCAGCAGGAGCUCGAGCUGGUUGUUCUGUAUCAUCAAGGGAGAUGACACUAUUGGAGCAGUGGACUGCUGGCCAGGACACUGAAAGAUUGGUAGAACAGAUAAAACAAAAAAACUUUGACUGCAAAAUGCUCCAACCACACAGCAACAUCACUUUCGUGUAAUGUUCCGGACAGCGCACCCUCUUCGUACAGUACCAGACAUAUUAGAACUGCUUCCGAUACUUCCAGCUGCCUCUAAGCCAUUUCUCUUCCUUUCUCUCACCAUUUCAUUUUAUGUCGUUCUCUCUCUCCAGCUGGUUUCGACAAAGUAGAGGUAGUGUCAAAUAUUGCAAUGAAAGCAAACACAGCAGCAGCGGCAGCUCCAGCAACAAUGCUGUUUUCGAUUCCACGGAAUGUUAUGCUUGCACUCAGGUUGGUGUCCCUGUGUUUCACUCCACAAGCUGUGACAGUGUCCACCAACCCGAAUGGCAAGCCUUAGCUGGAUCCUCCCUCGUACCUAUCCAUGCCAAAUCCGAUCCGAUAUCCAAACCUGCCCGCUGUCAGACCCCGAACACAAAGGGCCCGUUUGGGUCCAUCCUGGAUCCACGUAGCAAGUGGGUCAAGAAAUGGAAUAGGGUGCUGCUGCUGACCCGUGGCAUUGCGCUGGCCAUUGAUCCUCUUUUCUUCUACGCAUUGUCACUGUCGAUUGGAAAAGGUGGGGCCCCUUGUUUGUAUGUGAAUAUUGGGUUUGCAGCAAUCGUGACAGUUGCUCGUUCGUGCGUGGAUGCGGUGCAUCUAUGGCAUCUAUGGCUGCAAUUCAGGCUGGCGUACGUGUCGAGGGAGUCCCUUGUUUUUGGGUGUGGGAAACUCGUGUGGAACGCACGUGCCAUUGCUUAUCAUUAUGUGAGGUCACUGAAAGGAUUUUGGUUCGAUGUUUUUGUUAUCCUGCCGAUCCCCCAGGCAAUAUUUUGGUUGCUGGUACCAAAACUUAUAAGGGAAGAAAAGAUUAAGCAGGUCUUGACGAUGUUAUUAGUGACUUUCUCAUUCCAAUUCCUUCCCAAGGUCUACCAUAGCUUUUGCUUGGCUAGAAGAAUGCGGAAAGUCACAGGUUAUAUAUUUGGCACAAUUUGGUGGGGUUUUGGACUCAAUCUCGUUGCCUACCUAAUUGCCUCUCAUGUCACAGGAGGAUGCUGGUAUGUUCUUGCAACACAACGAGUUGCGACAUGUCUCAAGAAACAGUGUGAAAGAAAUGGAAACUGCGAUCUCACUUUGCAAUGCUCAAUGAAUGUUUGCUAUCAGUUCAUGUAUCCAGCAGAUAACUAUGGAAACCCUUGUGGCAGAAACUCAACAUGGAUUGCUAAGCCGUUGUGCCUGGAUGAUAAUGGACCAUUCAAUUAUGGGAUUUAUUCGCCAGCUCUUCUAGUUGUAUCCAGCAAUUCUCUAGCAGUCAAGAUCCUUUAUCCCAUAUUCUGGGGCUUGUUAAACCUUAGCUCCUUCGGCAACGAACUCGCUCCAACAAGUAACUUGGUAGAAGUGAUGUUCAGUAUAUACAUUGUGCUGUGUGGUUUCACUCUUUUCACUUUACUGAUAGGAAACAUCCAGGUAUUUUUGCAUGUGGUCAUGGCAAAGAAUAAAAAGAUGCAGCUAAGACGCCAAGAUGUGGAAUGGUGGAUGAGGAGAAGACAAUUGCCAACUGGUUUAAGACAAAGAUUUCGACAUUUCGAACGCCAAAAAUGGAGAGUCAUGGGAGGAGAGGACGAGAUGAGUUGGAUUGAAGAAUUGCCCGAAGGACUCCGGAGAGACAUUAAACGCUAUCUUUGCCUAGACCUCAUAAAAAAGGUGCCUUUGUUUCACAACUUGGAUGAUCUUAUCCUUGACAACAUCUGUGAUCGUGUCAAGCUCCUUGUCUACUCAAAAGAUGAAAAGAUUUUAAGAGAAGGAGACCCUGUGCUAAGGAUGGUCUUUAUUGUGCACGGACGUGUGAAAUACAGCCAAUGCCUUAGCAAAGGCAUGGUAGCCACAAGUGUACUUGAGCCAGGAGGCUUUUUAGGUGAUGAGCUGCUCUCGUGGUGCCUUCGCCGCCCAUUUAUAGACCGCCUCCCAGCCUCAUCCGCAACUUUUGUCUGUAUGGAACCAACAGAAGCAUUUGUUCUGGAUGCAUAUGAUCUGAGAUAUAUCUCAGAACACUUCAGGUACAGAUUUGCCAGCAAGAGACUCAAGCGAACAAUGAGAUAUUACUCGUCCAAUUGGCGAACAUGGGCAGCCGUGAACAUUCAAUUUGCUUGGCGACGACACAGGAUUAGGAAGAGGGGUCUAGCGACUCCUGACAUGGUAAAUGUCAGCAUGGAGAACCGUCUUCGGCUGUGUGCUGCAAUGUUCAUGUCGCUGAGGCCACAUGACCACUUCCAAUAAAUUAUAUGCAAUUGAUGCUGCUAUUUUGGUUGAUCUUUUACCUUCUUUAAUAAGAUUUAGACACUAAAUCUUCCAUGAAAAUUGUAAGAUCAGGACCAAACACAGCUUAAGAGCUUGUGCUAUUCUAAUAUUCUUUCUUCAAGAGUUCGAAGUUCAUGGAUUUAUCAGAGGGUAAUUAGCUCAAAAUUUUCCUUAUA